AGAUUGUGUUCUUUUUUUCUUUUUUACUCUUUUGUACACAAAACGAAAUAAAACUAUUGUCUCUUCCUUCCUUCCUUCCUCUCAAGAAAGAACUCUUUUCUUAAAAAAAAAAAGCAUGUCAGCCAGUAAAUACGAAGAAUACGAAGCAGGAGAAAUUACGUCCGAAGGUAACUCUUAUAGGAAGCGUGGAGUAGAUGAAAUUUAUAAUAGUCGACACCACCACCACCACCGCGACUCUUUUGAAGAUGAUCCAUUUGCUGAAUACGAAAGACUUGCUCGCAGUAAAAGAAGAGAUAGCUAUGAACGUCGUCCCUCCCCUUCUUAUCGACGUCAUUAUCGGUCUCCUUCUUCUCAUAGAAGAAGACAUUCUCGUGAUUAUCAAAGUAAUAGCAUAAAGGAUAAAAGAGAAAAUUCAUAUGUAUCCAAUCGUGGUGAUAAUAACAAUCUUAGACGCUCUAGAUCACCUUCAAGUCAUAGAUCAAAUUAUACUAUGAGAAAAGAAAUAUCCACUGAGGAAAGAAAACCUGUUCAAAAAGAACCAGAGCCUGCACCCUUAAUACAUUUUAACAUUGAAGACGAAGAAGAAAAGAAAAAAGAAGAAGACCGUUUAAUUGAAGAGCGUAGAAAGAGAAGACAAGCUAUCUUGAGUAGAUACAAGACAAGUCCUACGCCCUCUUUACCCAAAUCACCUUCAGUCCCUACUGCUCAAUUAGAUAAACCAGACUCAACUCCAUCUCCUGCUCAAGACGAUACUUCAAUGACUGAUGCUGUCUCUUCAGAGUCUCCAUCGCACCACAUUUCUGCGGCUGAUUAUGACCCUUCUAUGGAUCAAGAUCAAACAGAACUCUUGAAGAACAAAGAUCACCAAGAACAUGUUACUGAAGGUGUUGACAGUCAUGCUGAUAUGGCUGCUUCAGACUACACUGAGCAACUUGAACAGCCUAAACCUGCUGCAGAACUAGACAUGUUCUCUGAUAAUCUGGAUAUGUUUGCUGCUUCAGACCUUACCACAAACCAGAUCAACUUAUUAGAUGCAAACCAUCAACAUGCUGCUGCAAAUCCUAAUUUGACUGACAAUUGGGAUGAUCCUGAAGGUUAUUACACUACUCGUAUUGGUGAAAUUCUUGAUGGUCGUUAUCAAGUCUUGGCUAAUCUGGGUCGUGGUGUCUUUAGUUCUGUUGUAAAGGCAAAAGAUCAAGAAACGAAUGAAGAAGUAGCCAUCAAGUUGAUUAGAAAUAACGAAACAAUGUACAAAGCAGGCCAAAAAGAACUUACUUUCCUUAAGCGACUUAUGGAGGCUGACCCUGAAAACAAGAAGCAUGUUAUUAGACUACAAAGACAUUUUGAACAUCGUUCUCAUCUUUGCCUGGUAUUUGAAACCUUAAGUAUGAAUUUGCGUGAUGUACUUAAAAAGUAUGGUAAAGAUGUAGGCAUUAGUAUUAAGGCUGUACGCAUAUAUGCACAACAACUCUUUUUGAGCUUGUCUUUGUUAAAAAGAUGCAGUAUUCUACAUGCCGAUAUCAAGCCAGACAAUAUUCUUGUCUCUGAAUCAAGAAACACACUCAAAUUAUGUGAUCUUGGUUCUGCUUCUGAUGCCAGUGAUAACACAAUUACACCAUACCUUGUUUCUCGAUUCUACCGUGCUCCAGAAAUCAUGCUUGGUCUUCAUUAUGAUUAUGCUAUUGAUGUAUGGUCUGCUGCCUGUACUUUGUACGAAUUAUUCACUGGCAAAAUUUUGUUUCCUGGAAGAAGCAACAAUCAAAUGUUAAAGCACAUCAUGGAGCUUAAAGGGAAAUUUCCCAACAAACUGCUACGUAAAGCACAGUUUACCUCGCACCAUUUUGAUGAAGACUUCAGCUUUCUAUCGAUUGAAGUGGAUCGAGUCACAAAGAAUGAAGUAGUCAAGAAAAUGACGUUAUUAAAGCCUACAAGAGACAUGAAAUCUCGCGUAUUUGCUGCUGCUACACCUGGUAUGUCUGAAGACGAAAACAAGAUUCUGUUGGCCUUUGUUGACUUUCUUGACAAGUCAUUGGCAUUAAGUCCUGAUAAGAGAAUGACACCUCAUGAAGCACUAGUACAUCCUUUUAUUACUGGUAAAUUUUAAAUUUAAUAAAAUAAGAUAUAAAAAAAAUGUUCCGUACCGGGCAUGCAUCUAUUCCGGACAACUAGGUGGUAACAUCAUUGCCCGUGUGUACACAUGAAUCAGUUCCAGAUGAAGGUAAAGAAUCCUUCUUUUUCCAAAA